CUUCUUUCCUGAUCCUUAUACUUUUCUCUUCAGUUUAUAAAUCGUGGGCCUUAGGGCAUAAUAAGUCGGUGAUCAGAUCAAUAAUCUGGGGGUUUCUGAGAAACCCUAGAACCCGAUCAGUGACUUAUUACUCACUCUAACUAUCUCCAUCGAUCAUGGAAUCAUGGGAUGAAGAGAGUGAGAUAAAAAGCUAGCUUCAAAGAUAUUAGAGUGAAAAGGUGAAAGAUUUGGAUAUUUUAUUGAGGCUUUUCGAGAGAGAGACAAAAAAAAUGGCGUCUUCAAGCUCUCCAUGCGCAGCUUGCAAGUUCCUAAGGAGAAAAUGCACACAAGAGUGUGUGUUCGCUCCCUAUUUCCCGCCAGAUAACCCUCAAAAAUUCUCAUAUGUCCACAAAGUCUUCGGUGCAAGUAACGUCGCUAAGCUUCUCAACGAGCUAGCCGCUAACCAAAGAGAAGAUGCCGUUAACUCUCUCUUUUACGAAGCCGAAGCUCGACUCCGAGACCCGGUUUAUGGCUGCGUCGGUUUAAUAUCCAUCCUUCAGCAUCGUCACAAACAGCUUCAGCAAGAUCUUGAAAACGCCAAGAAAGAACUCGCUGCUUACGUUGGUCCUCAAGCUAUGCUUCCUAUUCUCCAAACGCAGCAUCAUCCUCAACCGCAUUUCAUGUCUCUACCGCCGCAACCGCAGCUGCAGCGACCGUCUUCCUCUUCUUCUUCAGCAUCUGUGCUGACCCAGCAGCAGCAUCAGCAGCAUAACUUGUUUCCAAUGGUGGCUAUUCCAACAGGACAACUUUACCAUCAGCAGCAACAUCAACAGAUUUUUGAGGCUCAGCAAUUAGCGGUUGCGAGAGAGCAGCAGAAUGAAUUGUUUAGAGCGUUUGGAGCAGGAGGAGGGAGUAACACUAGUCCACAUCAUCAUCAGCAAAACCAACCUCAAGUUGAGGUUUUGAGGUUUGAUAAUAGUUUUGACUUUGUACCGACCGGUUCAGUUACAGUAACCGGAUUUAAUCAGUUAAGCUCCAGCGGUACAACGGUAACCGGAAUGUCACCGUCUUUGGCUCUUGGUGGUAACUUUGUUGAUAGUCCUCCCACGAAUGAUAGUUAUCAUACGGAUCAGCAGUUACAUCAUCAACAAAAGCAACAACAUCAUGAGGCUCAGCUGUUCAUACCUACACAAUCUUCCCAACCGCUACCACUUCAAACGCAGGAGACGCAAUCGCAGCCAAAUUCUGAGAGCGAGGAGGGUAGGAGGAGUAUCAUUGGUUCAUCUCGGUAGUUUCAAGAAAGAGAAAAAAAAAUAAAAAAUAAAAAAAAAUGUUACGGCCUUUGACCUUCUCGCUUGCUCAAUAACCUCAAAUUUUCCUCAGUUGGAAACUCUGACUUUGCUCAAGGCAUUACGGACACUAUCGAGUUCUUUCUAAUUUUGUCGCACGUCCAACAACGAAAAGACACUCAACAUGUUAAAGUCAGCGGUAUUUGGUUGAUUUUGAGUUUUGGUGAAGAGUAUAACCCAAAGGCCCGUAUGAAAUUGAACAAAAGAUAUCCACUCCAUCUAUCCCUCUGGUUUUUCAUUACAGAAACAUAUAUUAUUUACAUUUUUUUCUGUAUUUCCUAUUUUUAUUUUUUUAUAUUUAUGUUUUGUUUUAAGUGAAAAUGAGAGUUAUUAGUGUUUAUGGAUGCAAUUAUAUUUGUAAAUGAGAUGCAAAUAGCAGGGUCACCUCGCCUAGUUUGUUUAUCACAAUGUCAAACCCGACUAUUUUAAAAAAUACCAUGG